AUGGCUUUAAAUAGGUGUUCUACGUGUAAGGUUGAAAAAGUCAAGGACAAUGGUGAUAUUUAUGUCGUCAAUGAGGACAAAUUUCUUCGUGAUCAACAACAGUUAAUACAAAAAGAAUACGCAACCACUGAAGAAUCGAUUUGGAUUACAACACCUCCUCCCAUCGAUACAAAUAUUAUUGAUUUUGAUCGUAUGAUUGCCCUAUGUAAUUCCAGUUUUUCAAUACCAAUGGAUUACUAUCGUACCUUUAAUACAACGGCUGCUUUACCAGACACCGUUGAUAAGACAGGCAUGUGCUUUUUACGAUGUUUGUACGAAAAAUCAGGCAUAUUGGAGAACUGGAAACUAAAUAGGACUAAAAUACGCCUAAACAUUUGGCCAGCAACGGGUGACUCAAUAGAAGUUUGUGAAAAAGAAGGAUCCAACGAAAAGAAUCCCUGUGUGCGCGCCUAUGAUAUAGCAAAAUGUUUAACUAUACGUGCAUUGGUGGAUGCAAGGAAUCAACCUUUAUAA